UUUCCGAAAGGAGAAAACACUUGAGGAGUGUUGUGUGCAGCUAAUCGUCAUUACACCCUCCAGACUACAGCAGCAAGGCUGGAGAGGGAGGUGGGAGUAUUCCUCGGAAAGCAAAACAUGGCGAGAUAAUAAGUUUACUGCAUCGUGCAUUUGGCCUUUUGGCGUCAGAUUUCAGUAGUUACAGUUUGGCUGCGACCGAUCGAGCGCAACGCAGAACUUGAGACGUCGGAGGGACCCAGUUUACAGCAUUACCGUGUUGGCCAAAGCGAGACGAGACCUCCUGUCUGCCUGCCUGCCUGUGUUUUCCGCGGAAGGUUGACAGUGCUAGGUGCGACUGUCAACAUAGAAAAUGGAUGAACCAGGAAACUUGAUUCGGGAAGAUACAGUUUAGCUUGUUAGCCUGAGUCAUUUUGGUUAGCCAGUUAUGCGAAAUUGUGCGCACCUGACUCAAUAUUUUUGAUUACUUAGGAAUCACGAAAUAUUUAAGUCGUGCUCAAGUUUGACAGCUGCCAUUAGGGCCCAUUUUUUAUGUUGGAUACAAGUGAAAGCCGUUUUGGCGGAUCUAGUUUGAAUGUUUGGGUAUUGCUCAAGGCUGGCACUUGGUUCUGGUACGGACGGAUUCGGGCGCCAUCACACAGACAUUGCGUUGUUCUUGAAGGCAGCCUUUGCGCUACUUAACCACAGUUAUAAUUUUGCCACCAUAAACAGGGAUGGUACGGUGGUAGGUGCAGAAUUUGGUAGUUUUGUAGUCAUUUCGUUUUGAAAAUGUCCUGUGAUGUCGCAAAGCACCGGAGACGCGACGUCUUGUCAAAAUGAUCGAACGCUGCAAGGUGUAUAGCAAACCCAGAGGUCCAUUGACUAGGAAAACUGCCAGCUUCCAGACUGGUGCUAAUAGGCUAUUUGUGACGCAGAUAGAGUGUUAUUUUAAGUUAAAUGCAUUUGAAAUUACAGUUAUAAGCUGGUGAAAACAUUCAAACGUCGGAUCAGACUUUACGUGAACAAGCCUGCCUGCUGGGUGCGCCUGUGCCACUUGAUUCUGCAAUGUGUUUGCCAAUAUAAGCGCCAGUGGUCUUGUCUAUGACAUAUUCCCACGGCCUUUUCCUUGAAUAUAAUCUUUAAACGAGGCUUUUUGCGUUCGAUAACGCAGCCAAACGCUGAUCUGUUAGUUGUAAAUAAGUGGGUUACUUAGCUAACGCAGUAAGUUUUGCCAGAAUGUCUGAAAACGCCCCCACACGAAGCCUGGAUGACAUAGACCUCGCUGCACUGAGGGAUCCGGCAGGAAUCUUUGAGCUAGUCGAGGUUGUUGGCAAUGGGACCUAUGGCCAGGUGUACAAGGGCCGUCACGUGAAGACUGGGCAGCUGGCAGCCAUCAAGGUGAUGGAUGUUACAGAGGAGGAGGAGGAAGAGAUCAAAGCAGAAAUCAACAUGCUAAAGAAAUACAGCCACCACCGAAACAUAGCCACUUACUAUGGCGCUUUUGUCAAGAAAAGUCCACCAGGGCACGAUGAUCAACUUUGGUUGGUGAUGGAGUUUUGUGGGGCAGGAUCAGUGACAGACCUUGUAAAAAACACAAAAGGAAGCUCCUUAAAAGAGGACUGGAUUGCUUACAUCUGUAGAGAAAUCUUAAGGGGCCUGUCCCACCUCCAUGCUCAUAAAGUGAUCCAUAGGGAUAUCAAAGGGCAGAACGUGCUGCUGACAGAGAACGCAGAGGUCAAACUUGUUGAUUUUGGAGUUAGUGCUCAGUUAGACAGGACAGUUGGUCGAAGGAACACUUUUAUUGGAACUCCUUACUGGAUGGCACCAGAGGUCAUCGCAUGUGAUGAGAACCCAGACUCCACCUAUGACUUCAGGAGUGACAUUUGGUCUCUGGGAAUCACAGCCAUCGAGAUGGCAGAGGGAGCACCCCCUUUGUGUGACAUGCACCCAAUGAGAGCUCUCUUCUUGAUUCCCCGGAAUCCCCCUCCUAAACUUAAGUCAAAGAAGUGGUCAAAGAAAUUCAUUGAUUUUAUUGAGGGUUGUUUGGUGAAGACGUAUCCCAGCCGACCGUCCACGGAGCAGCUUCUGAAGCACUCGUUUAUCCGGGACCAGCCCACAGAGCGGCAGGUCCGAAUUCAACUCAAGGAUCACAUUGACCGGACACGGAAGAAAAGGGGGGAAAAGGAGGAAACAGAGUAUGAGUACAGUGGAAGUGAUGAAGAGGAUGAAAAUCGAGGAGAUGAUAGAGAAUCCAGUUCAAUACUGAAUGUGCCUGGGGAGUCGACGCUGAGGCGAGACUUCCAGCGCCUGCAGCAGGAGAAUAAGGAGCGGUCCGAGGCCCUGAAAAGGCAACAGGCCCAACUGGCCGCUCAGCGCAGGGACCCGGAGGAGCAUAAACGCCAGCUACUGCAUGACAGACAGAAACGCAUCGAGGAGCAGAAGGAGCAGCGCCGUCGCCUUGAAGAGCAACAGAGAAAGGAACGAGAAAUGGUGAGGCAGCAAGAAAAAGGUGCCCAUCGAAGACUUGACGAUAUGAGACGGGAGGAAGACAGGAGGAUGGCAGAGAGAGAGCAGGAAUUUAUCAGACACAAGUUAGAAGAGGAGCAGCGGCAGUUGGAAAUCCUCCAGCAGCAGUUACUUCAAGAGCAGGCACUACUUAUGGAGUACAAGCGUAAGCAGCUAGAGGAGCAGCGUCAGUCCGAGCGUCUGCAGAGGCAGCUGCAGCAGGAACAUGCCUAUCUCGUAUCUCUUCAACAGCAGCAGGAAAAGAAGCCCCAGCUCUACCACUACAACAAAAACCUAGAGCCUAAUAACAAGCCUUCAUGGGCACGCGAGGUUGAGGAGCGAAGUAAACUCAACAGGCAAGGCUCCCCUAAGAUCUGCACCACUGUCUCGGACACUGCCAUCCAGUCUCGCUCUGACUCCAUUAGCCAGUCAGGGGCCCAGUCCGCUCAGACCCCUCCCAUGCAGAGACCUGUUGAACCCCAAGGAGGACAGGGCAAGGACCCCUCCCUCACCCCCACACCUCGGCCCACUCACUCUAGAGAGUUGGUGCGACAAAACUCAGACCCCACCUCUGAGAACCCUGCCCCACAGGUGCACCAAAUAAGAGAAGAACGCGGGCCCUGGAUUCGUUUACCUGAUGUGGAGCUGCCUCCCAAAAUUCCUCAAAGAACAGCAUCAAUUGCUACAGCUCUCAACACUAACUUAACAUCUGGCAUCAGGCAUCCAAUAAGAGCCAGCAACCCAGAUCUAAGCCGUAAUGACCGCUGGGAGAGAGGUGACAGUAUGAGCGUCAUUUCCAAUUUGCCCCAAACUGGUUCCCUGGAGAGGCACCGCAUACUCAGUUCGUCAAAAAUGGAUUCACCAAUUCUGUCCCAUGACAAUCGCCAUAAGCCAGGAGAAUCUCGCACCUCUUCACGCCCUGGACGGCCUGCUGAUCAUGGCCUCUAUGCCAAGGAGAGAGCUGAGGAGCAGCCUAGACCUCCAGUAAAGGCCAAUGAUUAUUCGUCAUCUUCAGAGAGCAGUGAAAGCAGUGAGGAGAGCGAGAGUGGAGAGGGACCAGAGGAGGAGGAGAGCCCCACUGAUCGCCACAGAGAUGCAGACACAGAUUCAGUCAACACCAUGGUGGUCCAUGAAGAUGAAGGUGAGGAAGGAGAGGGAGAGCAGGCUGGAGGCUACGGGGACCAAACCAUGCUGGUGCAGAGGACCCCAGAGAAGCGAAACCAUAAUGGUUACACUAACUUACCAGAUGUGGUGCAGCCCUCCCAUUCCCCCACAGACUCAGCCUCCCACUCCUCCCCUGGGAAGGAGUCAGUUUAUGAUUACCAGUCUAGAGGAUUGGUUAAGGCCACUGGAAAAUCCUCCUUUACGACAUUUGUAGAUCUUGGCAUGUACCAGUCCCCGGGCCAAGGAGACAACAUGUCACUAAGUGGUUCUAGAUUUGAACAGCUCAAGAUGGAAGUGAGGAAAGGAUCCAUGGUUAAUGUAAAUCCCACCAACACUCGCCCACCCACGGAUA